CUGGUCUUCGCUGUUGUUUGGUACAAAGAUGUUAAGAAGACUGGUCAAACCGACUGUUUCUGGGCUUAAAAAUGUCUCUGGAGGAGGACAGGUCCUCUCUGCAGCUGCUACCAGAAAACAGCACAGUCAGCCCUCCGCCUCUGUACGACCAGAGACCUCCACCGCCAAGACUCUGAUGGACAUCGGAACCCGCCGCAUCUUCAACGAGGACCACGAUAUUUUCAGACAAAGCGUUCGGCGCUUCUUCCAAGAGGAAGUGGUUCCGCACCACAAAGAGUGGGAGAAGGCGGGCCAGGUGAGCAGGGAGGUGUGGGAGAAAGCCGGCGAGCAAGGACUCCUGGGAAUAAUGAUACCAGAGGAGCACGGUGGCGUUGGAGGGGAUGUGUUCUAUGCUGCUGUUGUAUGGGAGGAGCAAAUGUAUUCCAACUGUUCUGGACCCGGUUUUGUUUUGCACUCUGAUGUUAUCAUGCCUUACAUUUCCAAAUAUGGCAGCAAGGAGCAGAUUGAGCGCUUUAUUCCCAACAUGACUGCUGGGAAAUGCAUUGCUGCGAUUGCAAUGUCAGAACCAGGAGCUGGCAGUGAUCUUCAGGGUGUGAGGACGUACGCCAAGAAGGAUGGCAGUGACUGGAUACUUAAUGGCAACAAGGUUUUUAUCUCCAAUGGUUGGAUGGCCGACGUGGUGGUGGUCGUAACCGUGACCAACCGUGAUGCGAAGACAGCGGCACACGGGAUCAGUCUGUUCUUGGUGGAGGAGGGCAUGAAGGGCUUCCAGAAAGGACGCAAGUUGGAUAAGAUUGGUCUGAAGGCACAGGAUACAGCUGAACUGUUUUUUGAGGAUGUGCGACUUCCUGCCAGUGCUCUCUUGGGUGAACUCAACAAAGGUUUCUACUACCUGAUGAAUGAACUGCCACAGGAGCGUCUGUUGGUUGCUGACAUGGCCAUAGCGAGCUGUGAGUUCAUGUUUGAGGAAACCAGGAACUAUGUUAUGCAGCGAAAGGCUUUUGGCAAGACCAUUUCUCACUUGCAGACCGUGCAGCACAAGCUGGCAGAGCUGAAGACUGAGAUCUGUGUGGGCCGAGCCUUCGUUGAUCACUGCAUCCAGCUCUUUGCUGAGAAGCGGCUGGAUCCCUCGACGGUCUCUAUGGCCAAGUACUGGACGACGGACCUCCAGAACAAGGUGGCCACUCAGUGCUUGCAGCUCCAUGGAGGUUGGGGCUACAUGUUAGAAUACCCGAUUGCCAAGGCGUUCGUGGACUCGCGYGUUCAGCCUAUCUACGGAGGCACAAACGAGAUCAUGAAGGAGCUCAUCGCACGCGGCAUCGUCGGCCAGAAGUGAGACGCUUUCACGAUUUUACGCGAUGAAGGAGCACGGAUGUUUUAAAAAUUGGUCUGGGAAUGUUUUWGAAUGUGCAGACGUGAUCAGGAAAUGGCGUGGAAAGUCUGCACGCGGCUUGAGUUUUCAUGUCACGAAUGACAACAAAUCGAAAACGCACUUUAUGAGAAGAAAAGAAGAUAAUGUCAGCUUUUUUGCAAUCUUUUUAAAUUUGCAUCUUGUCUGGUUUGAUUUAUAGGCAGAGCACUUUGAGCAGCUUUUGAUGACAUGACUUGGCUAUUCACAAAAAGUGCUUCUUUAGACAGAGCAAAAGUAAUUCAGAGUCAGUGGUGAGCACAGUUCUGCUAAACCGCUAAUCUGCAAAUAGCAGAACUAGUUUCUCAUUUAGCAGAUUAGCUUUUUAGCUAACUUUGGAAAUUUUUAGCGGACUGAUUAACUUCUGCUAAUUUCAAGUCCACUAUAAAUUUCACAAGUGUAAAACUUCUACUUUUAUGCCAUUUAUUCUAAAUUAAAUGAAAACUACCCUCUUUUACAAUCAGUGCUGGAUGUGCCAGGCACUGUGUAUAGCAAGUAGCAUCUUUAACAGCUAAACUUCAAACUAAGAGCAUCACAAAUAAAUAAAAUAACAUUUAACAGUAUUUAAAGAACAAAUACAAACAUUGACUACAUAUUAAAUAUGGUAAAGUAUUUACUAUUUGUUGUUUGACUAAUGUCAAAUGGUUUCUAUAUCAAUACAAACAUAAUCGAAGAAAGGCUUUUAUUCUGAAAGGGUUAAAUUAGAAGUAUAUAGCGGGGGGCUGAUGUGUCAUUUUCUGCUCACUACAUUUUUUUCUUCAUUUAGCACAAGAAAAAAAUCAUUUCAAGUAAAAUAUACUGAAGUAUUUUUAUUUGUAAAAGUAACACUGCAGCUGAUCUGUGCCAGUCAGUUUUAACUGAAUUUGAUGUUUUUCUAGUUUUGAUUCAUAACAAACAUUUUUGUGGUAAUUCUCUGUUUUACUACAAGACAGCUAGUAAAAAUAAAGUUGAUGAUAUUUGAUCACCAUUA